AUGAAGAAAGUCAGGCCACCGCCACCUGCAGCAACAUGUCUUGCUUUUCACUCCCGAGAUGAUGGUAUAGUUGCUAUUGGCAUGGACAAUUCCACCAUUGUUACAAGGAAGCUUGAGGGUCACUCCAAAAGAGUCACUAGCCUUGCCUUCUCGAACACUCUGAAUAGAAGCAAAUUGUUGCAGAUUCCAGAUGGGAAGGAGUUGAGAUCAUUGUCAGAUACUUACAUCCAAAUUCACCAGAAUGAGCUGCAUCUCCUUGCCAUAAACAAGACUCACCUUGCAGUAUAUGAAGUGAAAGCUCUAGCAUGUGUUUAG